AUGGUAUACGAAAAGUGUUGUGUUGGUGGUUGCAAUACAACACGUGAAACGCACCGGCUUUUCAGAUUACCUAGGAACGAUAAUUUAAGGAACUUGUGGAUGGCUUUCAUAGUGCCGACAAAUCCACAGCUCAUUGUACUUUCCAAAGAACAGUUACUUAACAAACGUGUCUGUGAAAAACAUUUUGAUGUAUUUCAGUUCGGCAAUGAAGGCAGAAGACUUCGAUACUCUUACCCGUCCUUGCUUACUGACAAUGAAAUAGCUCAUGGUGUGCCUCUGACUGCAACUGGAUGGGAUGUCACAACUGAACAUAAUUACUGUAAAGAGCAAAAUGAAGAUGAUUUCACAGAAGCUGUGUUAGUGGUUAGAAAGCCUGGAAGUGAUGUUACGAUUGAACACAAUUACUACAAAGAGCAAAAUGAUUGUUCCAAAUCAUUGGUAGAGAUUGGAUCGUCAGAUGUUGGAAAUUCUCAUGAACAGCCUUCAUGUUCAAAUUUUUCAACUGUUGCAACAGUUGUUGAAAAUAAAGGAAUUGAUUCUAAUGCUAAUGUGGUGAAACAAAUGAUGCCAAAAGGUAGCACAUGUACAAAAAAGCAAACAGGUUACAUGGCGAAGAAAAUAGUAUCAAGGAAAAGAAAAUUGAAACAGAAAUCUAAUGCUGAUGUGGUGAGACAAAUGUUGACAGAAGAUACAAAAUGUACACAUUGGCAAAAAGGUUACGUGGUGUAG